UCUGGUCGGGUCGUUGGAUGGUGGUAACGUAAAGGAACUCAGCGAAAAUUACGGGGCCGGUCAAUUUAGGCCGGAACCACAUUUAUCCUCUCUAAAAAUGGAUGCCUAUUUUAUCGUCGCUAUAGUGUUUCUUCUGUGCUUCGCCCUGUAUUUUACAGACACUCUGCUCAAGUCAUGCCUGCACCUGCCGUACAUCAACCUGCUGGAGUCAUCUGGCAUCUCCAUCAAGCCGCUGCAGAUCAAGUGGUCGACGCGCAUGCUGAACCGCUCCUUCCAGCGCUGGGGCAGUGCGCCGGGCCGGCUGACCCGGCUGUGGUUUGCCUGUGGCGUCUGGAUCACGUGCGCGCUGCUGCUGCCAUCCAUGCUGCUGCUCAUCUACACUAUCUACAGGCUGCUGUGGCCCGCCGCCCCGGCUGCCGGCGCCGGCGCCGCCGCCGCCGCUGCCGCCACGCGUCCUGCUUUCAUCCUUGAGCCCGUGUUGCCGGGAGUGAACCUGCCGGCCGACGACGUGCCGUACUACCUCGUCACCCUGCUGGUGUGCAGCGUCUGUCACGAGAUCGGGCAUGCGGUGGCCGCCGUCAGGGAGCACGUGCGUGUGUUCGGCUCGGGUCUGCUGUUGGUGCUGAUCGUGCCGGCGGCCUUCGUGGACGUCUGUUCGGAGUCGCUGGCUGCGCUGCCACCCGGCCGCCGAUUGCGGGUCCUCUGCGCCGGCGUCUGGCACAACGUCGUGCUCUGCGCGGUCGCUGCGCUCGUGCUGGCUGCCGCGCCGCUGGCGCUCGCGCCGCUUUACUUCGUCAACGACGGCAUCAUCGUCUACCAUGUGGAACCGGGGUCGCCGCUGCACGGCGCCACCGGUCUGUCGGCGGGAGACCUGGUGACGGGCGUGGACGACUGCGCGGUGACGACCCGUCGUGACUGGCUGUCGUGUCUGGCGCGGCAGGCGGCGGCGCCCCCAGCCGGCUACUGCGUGCCCUCCGACAUCACGGCAACCUACGACGAAACCAUCGACCACCCGUUCCAGCGCGAGGAAACAGGCACGAUGGAGUGCUGCGCCGCAUCCAAUGGCAGCUCACACCUCUGCUUCCAGUUCAUCGCCGACGAAUCUCGCCCGGAUCGGGGCGCGCCACCCUUCUCCUGCCUGCCGGCGCGCGCAGUGGUAGACGCGGCGCCCAUGCGGUGCGCCACAACCGCCGCCUGCGCCGAGGAGCACUUCUGCUUGCAGCCGGCGCUCGAGAACGGCACGCGCCUGCUCGCGUUGCGGCGCCGCGGCGCGCGCGCCGUGCUUUUCUUGGGCGUGCCGGCGGCGGCGUUCCGCGACACCCGCGUCUCCGGGUACCGGCCGCGCUCGGCACUCUUCUCGGCUUCGCUGCCGCUGCGACUCGAGACGCUGGCGCGCUACGUGCUCUCGUUCUCGGCGGCGCUGGCCGUGCUGAACGCCGUGCCGUGCCGCGCGCUCGACGGCCAGUGGAUCUGGGAGGCGCUGCUGGAGGCGGGGUGA